AUGGCCGAAACAACAACAAGAAGAAUCAACUUCGACAUCGACAGCUUAUACGUCAUUCUAUCCGAGCAGUCACAGCCCAAUUCAUGGCACUGGGGGAUCUACCUCCAUGUCGACGAGGCUGGAGGCUGGAUCUUUCACAUUCGCAACUCUGCCCACGAACCGUGGUACUUUGAGCACAAGAGGAGCGAAACCAUCAUGACAUCGAAAACCAUCAUGGUCGCUCUCCGGGUCGCCAUUAUCAGGCCCAAGGAUAUGCACGGCGCGCUCCAGAGCUUCAUCGGCACCACCCAGUCGCGCAUCGGCAUGGCCGACCCCAACCAGUUUGGCAGGCUCACCUGCCGCACCUGGGUCAUGCAGGCCCUCUACCAGCUCGAUCAGUCCGGCUACAUUAGCAUCAUGCCGGGAUACACGGUGCAGGACAUCGAGUUUGAAGCCGAUCGUUCCGCCGAGCUCAACAGCGAGAUUCGGACCAAGCGUGGGCAGCUCACCGAUAAGGAACUACUUCGCGACUGCAACUACAGCAAGGCAUAA